CGGGAGGGGGGGGACCCUUCCCUGGGCAGGGCAUGAUGGGAGGCAGGCCAAGGGCUGGCUGGGGCAGCGCGCGGGGGAUGCUGGGUACUGCUGCCCCCUUCCCUUUGCCCCCCUGUGACCCCCCAUUCAGGUCCUCCAAGCCACUGGUGGUGCUGGGCAGGCGCUGCUGGGAGGCUGGGACAGGGAGAGAGCGAACGGCGUCCUGCAGGCAGAAGGGUCAAGGCAGGGGCGCGUUUGCCUCGCUCUCUUUCAACCUGAUAUGCCAGCCGAACCCUGUGGAAAGCUGGAUCGGGAUCAGAGGGAGGAGGAGAAAUGGGCAGAGGAUCGAGGCAUGAGCCACAGGGCUGGCAGAGAGCUGUGCUGCAUCGAAUCGACUCCGGACCGUUAGCCAUAAAGCAAUCAAGACCAGGAAAGGUUUUGCCUCCCUUCACCCAGGCAUGAGUUCAAAGGUCUCCAGUGGAAUAUCCUCGCCUUUGAUCUUUCCUAGCUCCGUCAUUGCAGCUCGGGCAUCCCAAGGAGGCUCCGGUGCCGAAGGGCUGCAAUGAAGGAGCUGGGAAAGAUCGAAUGUAAGGAGGUUUCACUGGAGACCAAGAUCGGGAUCUUCUGCAUUAUUGUGUUCCCAGUCAGUGAAUGGGCAUGAAAGCCGGGCAGUGAAGAAAGCUGACAGGGUGUGUUCAACACUUGUGCUGAAAGAGACCUUUGCUUUGCAAAAUACCUUGGAAUGACAAAGAAAAACAAGCGCGUCCUAGAUGAAACCAAGCCAAAACCUGCCCUCCAGACUAGAAGGACAAAGCCGAAGCUGUCAUACUGUGGGCCGACGAGAAGACGCACUGGAGAAAACAGUCACGCUGGGGGAAAUCGAAGGCACAACAAAACCAACAGCUACGAGAUGGAUCGAUUCCAUAAAGGGAACCACAGCCUUGGAUUUGCAGGAGCUGAGCGGGGCUGUCAAGGACAGAUUCUUUCAGAGAGCUCCCGUUCACGGAGCCGCCAUAGGUCAGAGAUACCUUGAUGGCACAGAGGAACAACGGACAAAGGAAGAGCAUCACCAGCCACCUGCUCACGGGAAACCCAGGAGCUGGACACGAGUGCAACGGCCCCGUCCUGCCCAAUUUUCCCAGCAACUGCUGUUGGCAUAUCACCUCUGUGGCUUGUGGCAUCCAAACAAGUAGCCCCUGAUAGCCGCCGCCUCCUCCACAAAUGUUUCCCUACUCCUUGUACAGCUGCUGACAUUGAGGGGAAUCUUGAUGACAGUACACAGUGCUGCUUAAACAAGCCCUUUUCUCUCCCGUCAGCUUCACGGGAUGACCCUUUUGGGGUUCUAGUGGGAGAGAGAAAAAUCCCCUUUCUCCAUACCAUAUAGCCUUCUAUAUGUUCCCCUUUACUCACCUUUUCUUUAAGUUAAAGAACCCCUGAUGAUGUCAUCUUUCCUUCCAGGCAGAAACAUUCUCAGUUAUUGUCAGAAUGGAUAGCCUAUCACCAGAGAGCAGAGAGAGUGUCACCAUGGCUAACGGGGAUGAUGGGAAUGGCCUGAGGGAAGUGCUGGUCACUUUCAAGAGCUGUCUGAGUGAGGAGGAGGAAAUUCUGCUGGACCCUUACUUAGCUGGCUGGAAAGGACUGGUGAGGUUUCUGAAUAGCAUGGGCACCAUCUUUUCCUUUAUUUCCAAAGAUGCGGUGGCCAAAAUUCAGAUCAUGGAGGACUUCCGGGCCGGUGCACGGAAGGAGGACUAUGCCACCCUCCAGUCCAUGGUGGACUACGAGUUGACCAACAACCUGGUGGACCUGAAGCAGCCUGGGGAAAACGCGGCUUCCGGCUGCCGGACGAUCCUGCGCCUCCACCGGGCCCUUCGCUGGCUCCAGCUCUUCCUGGAGGCCCUGAGGACUAGCAACACGGACUCUAAGACAUCUGUGCUGUGCACGGAUGCCUACAACGCCUCGCUGGCCAAUUACCACCCCUGGAUUGUCCGCAAGGCGGCCACCCUGGCCUUCUAUACCUUGCCCACUCGGGAUCUCUUCCUGGCGAACAUGGAAGUGGGCAGCAGCGAAGAGGCGGUGGAAAUGCUCAGGGAAGCCUUGCCCAGCAUCCGGAAGGUGUACGAGGUCACGGAGGCCCUAUAUGCCCAGCACAGCCUCCUCGACCUCCCCUGAUGGGGCGGGUUCCCAACUCCCCAGGUGGCAGCAAGAGCCAUCUCACCUGGGCCUGGCCUUCUUGGUAUCACAAUCUAGCAUUUCUUCAGAUCAAUCAUGAUUCCUAUAGCUGUGAGUUCUCAGGCAUUCAGAGCAAAAUCUCUCUUCCAGCCCCUUCCUUCCAAGGAAACGCAGGAACGGGCAGUGACGUGACUCCAGCCUCCCUGUCCUGGGACAGAGCUCUUCCCAGCUCUUCUAGGCACAGGUGGAUCCCUUCCAGAUGUUUUGGUCUACAGCGCCCAUCAGCCUUUGCCAGCACAGCCAGAGGCAGAGUUUCAUGGGGCUUGGAGGGCAGCACAUCUGGAGGCCUGCCAGUCACCUCGCCUUGUUCUUCUGGUUCUUAAGGCGAUCUUCUCCCGGUGAACAAUGAAUCCAGUUCUCCGGGUAUCACAGGGCCCCAAGCUUAGAAGGAGGGUCAGUUGAUGGAACGUACGUUGUCCCAUCAAAGGACAACUUCUUCAAAGGAAAGGCAGAUCUAUUAUUGGACUGUGGUACCUUUCUUAUAACGACUGAGAAAACAAUGGCUGGGGAGACAGGGACUGGGCGGUAUCUAACUGGGGAAGAGGAACUUGUGGGGCAGGACAGCAUUUGGGCUGGACUUGACCCACUUUGCUGUUUUCCCGAUCCCCACUAGGCCCCGCUCGCAUCCUUUCCUCGCUGAAUCAAUGCAAUUCUUGCUGUCGCAGCUGCUAAUGAGAGGGAUCCCACUCGGCCGAAUCAUUUCCCAAGACAAUCAUACACCGGAUCCUUUCCUACGGGUGCCGGAAGGCUUGAAGCAGGUCCGGUUUCAAGCUGGACCCUGGCAAUCGGCUUUGAGCUUGCUGGAUGCGUGAGCAAGCCUUGUCUACUGCAUGAAUCAAAGGAGCCAAUCACAACUGAAAGAUGACGAACGAGGUCCAGUGAACCAUCACCAGGUUGACUGAACCAGUUUCAGGACACACACCUGUUCCGGAUGCAAGUCUCUGCUUGCUUCCUUGGGGUUAUGCCUCGCUGAGCCUGCAGAAACUUGCUUCUGGGUAAGCUGAACUUUUUCAGCCCUUUUCUCCGAUGCCUUUCCCUGCUUGCUUUUCGCUCCCUGUCCCGCUGGCUUCUUUGGUUCUCCCCUCGCAGUUGGACAGCACUUGUAGGGCUUGCUUUAGAACUUUCCAGAACUCGUCAUCAAGCUGGGGAGCCCAGAGAGCCAGAGGAUGGGGGAAGCAACAGAAACACCCCCACAUCUAGCCCUGUAUUUUAGCCAUGAGAUUUGCAGUCUAGAUAGCCCUAGUCAGAAUGAAUCAGUCCAUUGCAAGGGCCGUAAACACCCCCCACGGACUAAUUCAUUCAGACUCUGUACAGUUCCACUUUGAGGCUGCCGAGGUCUAAAUUACCAGCCUCGUGGCCACAGCUCCUGGCUAAACUUUUGGACGCGGCCGAUUCUUCCUCUCCAUCUGCUUUUCAUUCCACCUUGCUUCGGACCACUUAAGAGCUUGCGUAUUUAUGUGGCAUCUUGGUUGCCCCGGUAAAGAAAUGGCCCAAUUAAAUUUUGGAGGGGCGUUUUAAAUUUGCCUGGCCCGGGACUGCCAUGCCUGUUUUGCCUUGUUCCAGUCUACUCCCUGUCUCUCUAGCUCCACGUCUCCCACCCGUUUGCCUCCUGCUUGCAUUCCACUUCAUCGGCCUUGCGUUAUGCAACCUUCCCGUAAUAAAAUCUUUAAAAUGGAAUGGGACACACACCUGCCGCUUUCUAAACAUGGAAAAGCGAGCCGUUUCCCUUUGCCUUCAGCGCCAGCGGUUGCCGUCCAGCUGGCCAAGGAAGAGCAGGAGGCUGCACUUCAAGCGGGUAAAAACCCUCCAGGUCUCAGUCACAUGGUGGUGGUUGGCCGAAACCUUGAGGCGAAGACAAUCUGGACAUUUUUCCUCUUGUUUUGAACAGUUGUUGGGUCUUUUAGCUUCACAACGUGGUGUCUGGUGAAGUUUCCUUUCUGUGAGCAAAAAGCAAAAAGCAAUCCAAUCCAUGCUGUAUCCCAUGCUGUAACAUGCACGAUUCUUGCACAAUUCAGCUGAAACCUUUGCUGGAAGGGGUGGGGUGCUGUGGACAGUAUUUGCACUAUGAUAUUCUGCCUCAGAUGCAUGUCUAGUGAAUUUCUAUAUAUUUUCCUCUCUCGUGUGGCUGGAUUCAAAUAAAUGCUAUUUGUAACUGC